GGCGGGAAGGGGAAAAGGGGUUAGUCGCGAGUCGGCCGGACGGGAGACACCAGUUGCUUCGUCGACAUGAGACAGGAACAGGCGCAGCUCCCAGCUCAGCACCUCUACACCGGGCUGUGUUUUGCACGAGUCGUCUGGCCAUCGGCGUGCACCGGCUAGAGGAGUCAGGAAGAGUCACUGUACCCGACACGGAAACCGCCGCUGACACCUGUUGAUUUCGCAUUGGUCCCCGGUCAGUCUUCGUUUUUUGAAGUUUUGCAUAUACGGCACUUCAGUUUAAGCGCACAACAUAAGCGGUCGCGGUUCGUCGAGGUCACCAUUUCAUGGAACAACUGCGGCUCAACGUCAACACAGCAGCUGUCGAAACGUUGUGGAGGUCUAUUUCACCAACCAUCAAUCAAAGAUGAAGCGUCGUACAAAGGAAGACCUAUGCCUAAAGCUCGGCUGGUGGGAAGGUGAAACAUUUCACAUCAAGAACCAAUGCCUGGACCUCCUAAAAGCUAUCGAAGAGGAGUUGGGAUGCGAAGAUCCCAUUCUUCACACUACAAGAAAGCUAAUAACAUCCUCAAAGGCAAUCCAAAGUGACAUUCUACCGGUUUUAAUCCAUUCUCAAGAAAACCCAUGCGUAUUCCGGGCCGUUCUCAGGGUGCUGCUCCGGCUGACUACGCCUGUCGAAUGUCUCAUUCCGAUGGACCUGGCCCUCCAGAGUAAGACGGCGAUGGACGCCAUCCAGAACCUGCACAUGCUUCUUCUUGAGACCAAGCGUUCCUUUCUGGACAUUCGCUCCACGGAGACCAUCAUGAGGGUCCUCAAGGCCAAGAUGAAAACGGUUCAACUCGUGGAAAAACUUGACAAACUAUGGGAUCAGGAGCCAAAAGAUCUGACCGAAAACGACCUCGAAGGCCUCAGCAAUUCGUUAGUUCUGAUGAGGAACCUGCUGCACGUGCCCGACAAGACCGAGUCGUCGCGCUUCGGCAUCACCGAGGACACCUUCGAGGACUGGCUGAGCGUCCACAACAAGCUCAUUUGGAACCUCUUCGUGCACGGCCUCGACGGUGUGUUGAUCCUCAUGCUGAACAGCGUCUACAAGGUGAACUGGGCCGUUGUCGUGGUCCAAAUCAUAGCGCUUCUAUACAAGGACCAGGACGUGGGAAACUUGCAGCACUUGAUCUCGACCUCGCCAUCGAACUCGGAGAGCUCCGAGGACGACAUCGAGAGCAACACGUCGAAGCACUCGGUGCACCACGCCAGCAGCAACGACUCGAUGCAGCCGGGGCAGCCGUGUGGCGGGUCUGGCGCCGCCAAGAGCAACCUGCUCGCCGGCGGCAUCGGUGGCGCUGGCGUGGCGACCGGCGGUGGCCACACCAAAGCUCCCGGCGGCGGGCCGCAGUCCACAGCUGGAGACUCUGGCUACUGCCAUUCGGACUUCACCAGUUCCUCCAACAACAGCCGAUCGCUGUCGCCACGCGACAAGGGAGAACUGCGCCGGGACGAGUCGUCGUCCAGCGGCCGCGCCAGCGCGGACAUGACAUCGUCCUCUAACGGACACUCAUCGUCGUCCGACGAAGAAAACCAGGUGAAGGAGCACAUCAAGGAUCCGCACCACAAAGCGUCAGCCAAGCAUAGGGCCAUGCACUCCGCCGACAGUCCAUCUGGCAGUGACUCAUCGUACGAGGACGAGCUUCUGGCUCGCUCCAAGCAACGCAAUCUGGUUGCCAUGUCACGAAAGAGCAAAAGCCAUCUCAAAGGCGGAAAGUGCACGUCAUCUGUUUGCCUAGAGGCAGCUGUGGCAUCGCUCGAAUCCCGUUGCGCGCUUCGGGAUCCCGUGUGGGACCGCAAGAAGACUCUGGUACUCCUGGACUCAUCAGCGCACGUCCCGUCCAACGCUGACAUCAGCAACAUGCUCCAGAACUUCACCAUCAGCUUUCUGCACAGCGGAUAUGGGCCCCUGGUGAUUGAGCUUAUGAGGGUGAACCACGAGCAGGGCUCGAGCUUGGUCGACCGCUGCCACUUUCUGUGGGUGGUGGGCUACUUCACGGGACUGGCCACCGCGCUGGGCCUCUCCCUGCACCACGUGAGGCCCGUACUCUCGAUCGAGGUGGUCGGUCUGCUCGUCUUCGAGGCCAUCGCGGUCUGCCAGGAGCUAGACAUGUCGCAGCACCAGUCGGCCGAAGGAUCCAAGCUACUCAAGAAGAGGUACCAUCUUGUGGUACGCGCUUUUCGCGAGUUCAUCGCCGCCAUCGGAACGUACAACAGCCGCUGCAAGGGAGUCGGUGACGACAUGCGUCGACUCUGCGUGUCACUGGCUCGUCUGGAAGACCUGCGUAAUAUCCCGCUACUGCUGAUCCGCAAGUGGAGCGCCAUGCCAAUACAGGCACUCGUGGACCUAAUCAUCACCAAUCAUCUGUUACUGCUGAUCCUGGAGUACGCCCAGAAGACUGAGGGUGGCCUGGACAUCGACAUCCUCGGACAUUUGUCGCAAUUUGCAACAGUCGAAGUAAUGGAAAGAUAUGGUGCAGUACUGAAGGAUUACCGAAAGAACAGUGUCCUCGUAAAUGACUGCGUUUUCACGAUGAUGCAUCACGUUGCUGGUGACCUGAAGCGUCCAGAAGCACUCUUUCAUCCGAACAUCCUGUCCUCUUUCGUCAACAUCUUGAAUGAAGGAGCCGAAAUACCAGAGCUGUACGAAGACCUGGUGGGCUACGUGAUGAAUCGGUAUCUAAAGCUCGCCGGACGCAACCCGGAGCUGUACUCGGAGCACAUCCCGGGCAUGCAGCGCAGUGGUUCGGCUUCAAGCACCCAGCCGCUGGUAGUGCCGCCUUUCUACGACGACGACAACAGCAGCGACAGCAGCGACUGUAGCGACGAGGGCGACGACAACGCGCUCUACUGGUGCUUCCUGCAGUUCGAGUACGAUAGCGACCCCGUCGGCCAGAUCGUCGAGCACCUGCGCCGGAACGACGUGCGCCGCACCCGGAGAGAGAUACUGAACCAACUGAAGUGCAAGCGCAUCAUCUCUAACACUCAAUGUGAAAGGUUGGAACAAAAGGAAAAACAGUUUCUUGAAAAUUCCUCAAAGCCUAAGGAACAACCGGAAACUCAAGACAUGGAGAGCGAGGAGCGGUCAGAGAUCACAGACCUGGUACUAAAGCUUAAAGGCAUGGGAUUCGAACAGCAGCUCCAGUGGAUUCAGAAAAAGUUCUUGGAAGUAUGCUACGUCAAGCUAAAAAACCGACCCUUGGAUGACGCCGAGCCCGUGGCGCUGCACUACACGCUACUUGGCCAGAGUGUGCCCAUCGUGGCGUUCAGCGAAGUGCAGUCAAACGCGCUCAAGAACGUGGACUUCUGCCAGCUGCUGCAAAAGCUCGGCCUCGACUGGUCGGGACCCGCGAACUGCCCCUGCAUCCCGGCCGCAUGGGCCACCGACAAGCUGUACGCCACGGCGCGCAAGCUAGGACCACUCACGUGCCGAAAGCUGUCCAAGCUCUGCCAGGAGGGUGCGGACUGUAACACCGCCGCGGCGGCUCCUCCUCGAACCCAAGCCGACGCUGCUGCCAGCUCGUAGGCGCGCGCCCUUUUCGACCAGUUUGUUCCAGCUGCAAUAUAUCAAUCAUUACGGGGCUUUCGUCCCUCUCCAUUUGUGUGGGAUCUUGAGGAUCGUGCACACCGAAUAUGCAGUAGGACCCCGUUAUGGCGUAACACCGGAUAUAGCGAAGAAACCCUAGGCAUCCGUUCAAAUGAUAUUCUUACAGUAUAUGCUUUGAAAGGCAAAAAUGACGUAGAAUCUCCGAUGCCAUCUUGCUGCAGAAACGCACAUCAUACUAAAGCUGGCGCCAUAGGCUGCAAUCAAAGCUUAGUUCGCGGAGUACGGACGGUUCAUGUCUUGUAGCAACGGCUUUGUGCGCAAACUUCCAACCUUGGCUGCCGGCUCUAUAUAUUGCUUCCGGUCUGGACGCUCCCAAUCCUCGUCAAUGCACGCAGCUCACCGAUACAUGCUUGUAGGCUUGGGUAAUUGGCGACAUGAUAAAUCGCUAAAUACUGAAGCGAUGCUGGCCUUGAGUCCACCAGUAGUUAAGAUAUCUAGAUUACAAUAAUAAUCCCGGUUGAUUCGCUAUAACGGGGCCUACUGUAUGCCUACCAGAGUUGUCCAAAAGGCACGAUAGUGCGUUCGUAUCUUUCGCUGCAUCUUUCAUUUCACUGUCGCAAUUGUAAACACGCUAUAAGAAGAUAAAUUAACCGCUGACACGCACAUGGCGUACAAUGAGCGCGCCACAUACAUUUCGAGAGAGCACCCGAUUGGUGUCAGUCAAACGUGUGUACUAGCAGUGACAAGGUGCAAGUUGACGGGAAGUAUUUCAAGAUAACGCAUUGAAAUAAGACGUAAAGUAACAAACGCACACAGGAGGAAUCCUGCAACUGAAGUCUUCGCUUUGCUUUAAGUUUAUUACUGAAACUAUCGCGUACGUAUCCGUGAAAAUGCGCAAGUCGGUGUCUUCCGACGGAAAUGCUUCUAGGAAAUUGGAGAGCUCCUUUUCAAAAACGCAAUAAGAGGCCAGCUGAGACCUCGGGCUAAGACUAAGGCAACAAUGUUGGACUUGGUCUUCCAGCACGGAGACGCAUUCCGGUAGUGCAAAAAACUGCCAGUCGUGAGCGAAGCGCGACAAUAUGCUUAUAUCGGCAAAAGAGUAAUUUCUGUCACGGACCUUUUCCGCAAGAAAACAAGUCCGAGCUAGGCCUUUUUCGUGAGCUGAUGGAAAUUUCACGACCUUGGAUUGGUCAAUCAAAUCCACGGUCAGUUUUUCGUACAGCAUGCAAAAUAUACAAGAAAUUAGGACGUACAACGACCCCUAACUGCGCAGUGAGUUAUAAGGGACACCGUGGCGGAGGGCUUUGGAAAAAAUGCGGCCAGGAAACGAACCCACGACCUUGCGCCCAGAAUCGCAAUGCUGUAGCCACUGACCACCCCGGCGGGUAACCAAGAAUUUGCAAAGUAGCGUACGCAAGUUACUCAGGCUACACUGGAACACCUGCAAGUCUAUAGGCCCUGCGUACGAAUGCACUAGUGAAGAAGUUUCGCCGUACCCCGAAGUACAUAGGUCCAACUUAGCAAGCAUGCUGACUGCAUCAAAUGCGCCGUUGUACAAUUUUCCUCGCUCGCUCUUACUGAAUCUUCAUUUAACGACCUACGACGACAGUGCUACGGCAGAGGAACGUGUAUUUCCAAGGAAAAUAGCCAACGCGAGAACAUCCACGCUUUUAACUUCUUUGAGCUUUGGUCCGUUCCGUUCACAUAGCCGUCUUCCUCAUUAACAAUGAAUCCAGCGCUGAAUUAAACGCCCCCUGACAGCCCUCUACACGUCGGGAUGCGUAUCGAUUGCCGGCUGAUAUUCUGACCAUGCGCUGUGCAACUCUUCGCUGAAGCUAGUAAUAGCAGCGCAAGAACACAGCGCGGUUGAAGCUAAAUGGUAGGGCUAAAGGUUAAUUGGAUCUAGUUGGCAGUGCGCGUUGAGUUGAAACGCGUUGCUGAACGUCAAGAACGCACAGAAAAGGCGCACGCGACGUGUGUGGAUAAGCGCUUGUCCACGUAUGUCGUGUGUGUCCUCCUGGCGCGCUUUUCUGUCAUCAGUGCAGUGCGUUUCACUUCAAAUGAACAAGAGGCACGCGAUGCGCACUCACAGAGACACCUCUUCCGAAAUUGCAAACAGAAGAUCACGCGUUCUCGAGCUCUAUACGUCAAAGCUUUGUGCGUAAUGGAGCGAUGAUGCAUCGGUGCCUCUCGUGUCGUCCGUUAUGUGAUAAACGAAAUCUUCGCACCGCUCUCUAGCAAACGCAAGGCGCCUGUACACCUCCUCCGCGCCCAUGCUAACAGUUGAAUAGCUCACAAGUCUUGGUGUACAUAUGUGAACCUUAGCACCGUCUGGUCGCGGGUUCGAUUCCAUGACCGGUCACUGGCCCAAAAUACAGUUGAUUUAUUGUCCGAUUAACCGAUACGGGCAAAUAAAUAUUGGCGAAAAUGUUUGUCCAAGGUCGAAGGGAAUAUGCGAGCACUCACCUGGAAUUAUCUUCUCGAUACCGCCUGUACACGC